AUGGUAAUAAGAAUUCUACGCAAAGUGUAUAUGACCAACAUAUCGGUUGGUAGUUCUAGUCCUGGUACUGCUGAUACCAUUUACGAUUAUAAAAUGCUUAAAAAACGAGGUGAUGUAUUAAAGAAUCCUUUUGUUCUUUCUGGAAUUGUACUGCCAUGGAUUGUCUUGAAUGGCUUUUUGAAGCCUCAUUCAGAAAGAGUAUCGUUCGCUGAGCAUAGAUUUCGCAUCUUUCUACAGUUCUGCACAUUUGUUACCGUCUUUUCGGUAGUGACAGUGAUGCGAAAGAUUAAAUCAAGAGACUGA